AUGUCGCGGCGCAUCCGCGAGGCUUCCACGCCGGUUCCUGGGGCGAACCGCCCUCUUCCCCCGGAGCUGCCGGCGGAGACGGUGGUGGCGCGGCUGCGGGCGGUGGCGCGGUUCCUGGAACGGAUGCUGCCGCUGUGCCGGGCCCACACGGUGGACUUCUACACUCGCGGCCUGUGGGAGAAGAUGGUGGCGCUUCCCCCGGAGGCGGUGCUAGAAGCGCUGAGCGGAGAGAGGCUUCAGCAGCUCCUGGAGGAGCCGCCUCUGCAGCGCCCCCUGGAGGAGGCCGCCGAUAUCUGUGAGUUUUACGACAUUUUCUGUGAAAAUUCUCAGAGGCUGGUCAACGUGCAGGCUUUUGCCCUCGCUGCUAAAUAUUACUCCAUGUCAAACCUUGGUGUGUGUAUCUCCUUAGAACAGAUGCUAAAAGCACUAGAAAGGACACAGCAGCCAAAGUCAGAAGUAGAGAUAAAAACGGAUGACUUCAUGAACAAUAAGAAGUCACAUGAAGUGCAGCUGAUGUCGGAGUUAGUAGACAGCAUUGCAAAGUAUUACGGCCUAAACCAGGUUAUUGACCUGGGAUCUGGAAAAGGCUACCUGAGCUCCUUCUUGUCAUUGCAGUAUAAUCUGAAGGUUUACGGAAUUGAUUCCUCAAACACAAACACCCAUGGAGCUAAUGAAAGGAACAGGAAAUUGAAGAAACACUGGAAAGCCUAUCAAAGACGGGGAAGAGGAAAUGUCAAAGAGCAAGUGUUGGAGGAGGCAAAUGAAAGGCCACAGCAAGAUAAAGGGAAAUGUAAAGCAAAUAUCAGUGAAAAGCUCUUAAGUACUAAUAACAGUCUUCAAAGUCAGGCCCAGGUGGCUGCUCCAGAUUCCAUUCUUUUUGAAACAGCUGAUGUUUUCACAGACUCUGAUAAGUGUAUUACUAACAAACAGUAUGAACUUCACUUGGGGGCUCAGCUGCAGCCCGAAGAGAGCAACAUUCCAGAAAAUGCAUUUCUAAGUAUUCUGCCUGCUGACGCUGUGGAAACUGACUGCUCAACCAGAAGUAAUUGUAGGGAGCUCUGUGAAGAGGAGAAAGAGCGAAGGAAGAUGGCUUCCCUUAAAGAGAAAGCAAGCCGGUCAAAAGAAGCCAACGUAUAUUCUCCAUUAACGUCGUACGUCACUGCAGAAACAGAACUACGAGAUAUUGUUGAAGAUCUGGAGGACUGUGUAAUGGUGGGUCUACAUACCUGUGGUGAUCUCGCUCCGAGCACCCUGCGACUUUUUACGGCAAAACCUGAAAUCAAGGCAGUUUGCAGUGUUGGCUGCUGUUACCAUCUUCUGUCAGAGGAGCAUGAAACUCAGGAAGAUGUCCUUCACGGAACACUGGGUUUUCCCAUGAGCCGGCAUUUAAAGGAAGAGGGUUGGUUCUGUGGUCGCAAUGCCAGAAUGGCAGCCUGUUUGGCUCUGGAACGAGUUGCAAUUGGCCAAGUGCUGCCUACAGAAUCCUUGUUUUAUCGAGCUGUCCUCCAGGUUAUUGUAGAAGAAUUUUAUGGAGUCAAAAGAAGUGAUCGUAAUAUUGGGAAAGUAUAUUCUAAAUCAUCUUCCUUCUUGGAUUAUGCUCGAAAAGCUUUUAAAAAGCUUGAACUCGAUGAGUCAGAGAUUUCAGACAGCCUCAUAAUGGAGUACUUUGAAAAAUACAAGCACAGAAUGAAUGAGCUGGAAGCUUUUAAUAUGUUGAAAGUUGUGCUGGGACCUUGUAUCGAGGUGCUGAUUCUUCUAGAUCGUCUCUGCUACCUCAAAGAACAGGACAACAUUGCCUGGUCUGGACUGGUAAAAUUAUUCGAUCCCAUAAAAUCCCCCAGAUGCUUUGCAGUUGUGGCUUUGAAAAAACAGACUUUCACAUGCAAGUAAAUUGGAUCUAAAGCUGGGAACUGAUACUGCUUUUGUACUUUAUAACACAAGGGUUUCUUUUUACACUUACUCUGCUGUUAUCAACUGUUCUGUUAAUGGCUUCUUUUUAAAGUUUUAAUGUUUUAUAAAUCAGGAAAUAUGUACAAGAAAAAUAAAAAUAAACUAUCCCUUGUAUACCAUCAAGUACCUGUAACAUGAAGUGUGAAAUUUUACCUUUGCCUUACAUGCAUAGUACAACAGGAUUGUAAAAUUUCCAUGAAAAAUAAGCCAACCAUGGGGUAGAAGAGAGCGAUCCAUGAUCAUAUAUCUCACUUUAAAACUUUUUAGAACAUUUAUCCGCUAAUCCUUUUGUAAUGCCAUCCUGAUUUUUUUGUUCUGAAGAUAGACAAUGUGAAAGAAUUUGAACAGUUUGGACUCUACAGGCUUAAAGGCUUCAUUCCUGAUGCUCCCCCACUGGCCAAACACACGUGGAAAACUUAGUUCAGGGACUCAAAGAUCACCUGUCUAGCCUGGCAUCAGGUUGGUAACUUUAUCUGGCAACUGCAUGUUAAGGAACAGGCCUUAUGAGAUCUUAAUCCUUUGAAUUUCUCUUAACAUCCUGGAUGGUGAUCGCAAUAGUUUGGUAUCCAAAAUUCACAAGUUGCUUUUUAAUAAGGAUAUGAGCACAGUGGAUGAUGGGGGGUGGGGUGGAAACUAGAUUGUAACAUCAGUAUUGACAAUGAUUGUUGGAACUCUAUGUGGGGAAAAUUCCCCUUUAAAUCCACAUCUCUCUAUUUGACACACAUCAGCUUUCUCUGUUCCACCCUUUGUUGGGGAAGGGAGGUGCAAGGAUACAAAAACCUUCUGACAUAUGUGGUGGACCUGCAGCAAGGUGGACAAAUUUUGGGACCGUGUUUCCUCCGAAAUAGAUAAAAAAAAACUGGAGACCGCAUUGUUAAAUCCUCUGAUCUGACACUUUUGAAUCUCUUCCGAGAUGAGAAUGCUGACUUGCACUUUGAACCUUUAAUUUGCUUUCUGUUAAUGGCAGCCAUAUCAAUAAUGGCCAGAGUCUGGAAGGACCCAGAAGGAGCAACCCUGGACAAUUGAGUUAGCCAAGCUUGGCAGAUUGCGCUCAUUGAAAAUGAAACACAGAGACCUACUUUUGGUGGAUUGGUUCUGUUUUAUUGGUUAUGCGAGUAAGAGCGAUAAUAAUAGAGGGGUCCCUGCAGCAUUUAAAACCUUCUUGACAGUGUAAUUUUAUUUGUCUUUUCUAUGUUUGGAUACCUGGAACUCCCCCCCCCCCCAAGUCAUUGAGUUUGGUCUAUGUAAUGCCCUGUAUCUCUGCUGUGUAUUGUAGGGCAGUUAUUCAAUUAAAUAAAUAAAUUCAAUAAAGGCUAAAUGGAUAAAAAAAUGAGAUCUAAAUCUCUUCCUGCCCCCUCUUAUUAUUUGCACCUUCAUUCAGAUGGGGGAAUAUUUUUUUUAAGCCUGUAAGAAACAAAUGCCUCCUCCAACAGUGCCACUGCCCCCCAAUUUAUAUUGGAUCCCCCUGCAACUGUUUUUAAUUUUUUUAAUCAAAAUGUAAAACUCUCCAGUCCCAGAUUUCCUGUGUCAUAGCUGUAUUCUUGAACAUCUUCAGUGUCCUUUUGCCCUUACGGGGAGGAAGGUCCUGCCCACCUCAUCUGUCUUACCACGGCAGAACUGACUGUGACUAACCUCAUUCAGCUUAGCCUGCUGUGAAAAUAUUUGGGAGAAGCAGCAGGAAGGAACUUGUGGCUGUCUCUUCUGUUGCCUACAUCUUAGAGCAUAGUGCAAUAGCUGCUGGACCAUAAAGGACUACGGAUACAGCCGUGGAUAUUGGAAACAAGAAAGAUGAUGAAAAGAGCUCACCUGUAGAAGGCUCAGGAAGCACCCACUGCUGUGAUAUGCUGCUCCAUUAUCUCACAGAAGCAUUUCCCAGCUGCUCAGUGCUGUCUUGGCUCAUCUGUGUAGUCCAUGCAUAGUUGUUACUCAUUUGUUUUUGACAAUCCUACUUUCUAGUUUUUGCAUGAAAUAAAUCAUAUUUCUUACACCAUCAUCAUCAUCAUCAUCAUUUAUUUGUAUCCUGCCCUCCCCGGCCAAAGCCGGGCUCAGAGCGGCUAGCAACAAGUAAAAAUAGCACGGUGUACAUAAAAUCACACAGUCAAUUAAAAUACAUUCUAAAAUCAAUUCAGAAUCAAAUGAAUGGCAACCAUUGGGUGAGAGUUCUAUGAGGAUUACAGAAGGAGAGAGGGGGUCAGACUGUGCCUUGGCCAAAAGCUUAGCGGAACAGCUCCGUCUUGCAGGCCCUGCGGAAAGAAGACAAGUCCCUCAGGGCCCUAGUCUCUUGGGACAGAGUGUUCCACCAGAUCAGAGCCACGGCCGAAAAAGCCCUGGCUCUGGUCAAGGCCAACCUAACCUGUCUGUGGCCUGGGAUCUCCAAGAUGUUUUUAUUUGAAGACCGUAAGGUCCUCCAUGGGACAUACUAGGAGAGGCGGUCCCGUAGGUACGAGGGUCCUAGGUCCUACAUAGGUUGCAUUGACACACAAGUGAUAGAAAUGUGAGCGACAACAUCCACUUCUCCCAUUAUAUGGCAAGGUAGGGAUGCAUAAAGGGGCCCUAAGAUUCUUCUCAUUCAUAUCUAUAUUUUAAAGUACAUUGCUCAAUGUUAAAAGUUUUUUUUUUAAAAAAAAUAUUUUUUAUUUGAAAUUUUCAACAUAACACACAUUAAAACUAAUUUAUCCCUUCUAGACUCCCCACCCCACCCCCAGGUUUCCAAUGUCUCCCCUUUGUUUCCUUACACAUUUUAUAUUUUCCAUUCAAUCUCAAGUCCAUUAAUAACCUUGAUACAUGAUACUUCAUAGAUUCGCUCAAUGUCAAAAGUUUUUGAAAGGACGGAACAAUAUUUCUUUUUUAAAAAAAUUCGUUAUAUGUUCACAAAGAACUGGGGAAUAACAUAUCGGUGUGGAAUAAGUUCUUUCCUCUUGUGUUUUUAUUACACUUUUAUAUAACCUUUUAAAAAAUUGGCUUCCUUUAUACUAUGUCACCAAACUUGAUGAGAUUUUAAAUGGAUUACAUUUGCAGACUGCUUUGUAGUAAGCUUCCAUCUUGAAUUAUGAUAGAAUUAUCCUUACACCAGUGACCGUUGUUGGGGAUCUUUCCAUUCUGUGGUAUCCAUUGCUGCUGGUAUAAAAUUUGUUGUCAUUUUUCAGGUUGGGCAACAGUCCAUCAAAAAAAAAAGUUUUAGAAUUUGAGUAGGAAUCA